GCGUUGUGACAGGUGCUAAAACCUCAUCUCUAUUUACUGUACUAGUAAUAGCGUUAGAGGUUUUGCGAGGUCCAAAAAUUUCUAGAAAACAUCCACGCGGCUUCCCGUACCGUACAAGUAGUAGGCGUCUGUAAGUCAGUACGAGAACAGAAUUUCGUUUGUUUAGUCGAAUGAGUCGACUAGUACGUGCCCGGAAUUUUGGCGUUUGAGUCGAGCUAGUCAAUUGUGCCCUUCCAGAACCUUCUCUUUCUCCCUCACAUUCUACGUAGCAUUGUACGCAAUUUGACUACCAGGAAGAUUCCUUUCGAAUCCAAAAGCAAUGCCAAGGCAGUGAGUUGGCAUUUCACUCAACUCAGUCUGUCCAUAUUUUUCGAGAAGGUGAGUAAAAGAAUUCUUUUGUUGUUGAAAAUGGCGGAAGGGCUGUGUGGUUGAAUGUUGGCCUUGUUUGAGGUUGCUGUGUUGGAAAAGAAGGGCUAAGGGUGCAAGGAUAACAGUGGAGGGAGAUCUACCGGUAAAACAGGAAGAGCUGUGGCUGAAUUUCAAUUUCCCUUCUUCCAUUCUUGCACUACAAACUUGUCCGAGGUUGGGACAACUUGGCGAGGCCGGGAAUGAGCCCUUUGAAGCUCUUGGGCACGAGACAUCAAACAGAAACACACCAAUGAAGAAAGAACCGCAACACAGCGAGGCUUCAGCCAGAGUAAUGCUGAGUCUCUACAGGUCGACAAGCAAACAACAAACGCCUUCAUUUCCAAACAAACAGUUCCUCUACAAGCAACAACAAGAUGAAGUUUGGAAAAACUCUCUGCGAUCGCACUUUGAAGGAAUGGCGUUUCUAUACUGUGGACUACGAGGCCCUCAAGAGGGCUCUCGGUGAAAACGAUUCUAACAGUGACGUUCAGCUGUCCACCACUUGUGUCGACAGAGCCGAGUUUUUCCGCAUUCUGGACGACUCGGAACAAAAGCUGACCAAGUUCUACCAAGAGAAGGAACGCUGGGCCUUUGACUACAUGAAGACUCUUGAGGACCGUGUGACUGCCCUACGAGAAGUGGCGGCUUCGCCAGAGAGCCUCCUCUCUCCCACUCAACCGGGCGGUUUGCCCUCUUCGCCCGCGAGCUCCAAUAAUUCUCUAUCGGAUAAUUCCUUGGAAGACGAGCCAGCUACCCCAGCAUCGGAGCCUACCAUUUUGAACCUUGAAACAACCAUCACCCAACUUGUUGGAAGCAACGAAGGGCUUAAGGAUUCCUACCGAAAAAUGGGAGAGUCCAAGCAUUUCCACAAGUACAUUUACGCCAAGAAAUCCUUGACGACAUUCCACCGUGAACUGGCACUUCUACUGGAAUUUUUGGAGCUCAACAAGACUGCGUUCUCCAAGAUUUUGAAGAAGUUCGACAAGAAGUGCCGCACCUCCAUCCGCGAGGAGCGCUUGGCGAAACUGGCAGAGACACACUCUUUCUUGGAAGGCGACGUCCUUCGUGAGCUCAAGGAUGAAGUUGCUUUCAUGGUGGAGGAAGUUAACAGUCUCAAGCCCAGCCUCCCAAAUGGAUGGGAGAAUCGUAAGGUGUACACCAUUGGAUGCUUUGAUCUGUUCCACAGAGGCCACCAAAAUGUGCUCUUGUCGCUCCGAGAAUUUGGUUGCUACAUCGUUGCUGGUAUCCACGACGACGAGAGCUACAUCAAGCUCAAGAACAAGCCCACAAUCGACAAACUGGAGACUCGAAUGAACAAUGUGAAGCCCUACGUGGACCAGAUCUAUGUCAUCCCUUCGACCGACCCUCUCACGUACAUCAAGAGCAUGGUAUCUGAUCAAGACAUUGCAUCAGGAGGAUGCUGCUACGCAAGAGGGGACGACAUGCUUAAGUUCCCAGGCCGCGACUGGGUGGAGAGUGCCAUGCCUGUUCAUUUUGUGCCGCGCACAGAGGCAUGCAGUUCAACACUACUCCGCACCAUUUAUCAUGCACAGGACGAAAGUCUUCGAGCGAAGGCUGCCUUUGCUAAGACACGCUACGACGGCAAGCCCGUGGACGAACAAGGCAACGUUUUGAAAUUGAAUCAGUAAAGUGACUGCGCUCGCACGCUACCCGUACUUGUUUGACUUGCUGUAUUUGCCCUCACCGCGAAAAGCUUUGAGAGACCGCGUGCUAUUUUAGGAAACCCAAAAAAGUUAGUUUUGUUGUUGUGGACUCAUUUCGGGCCACUAUUCUUGUCGUUGCUAAUGCGUAUGAAGUAACUAAAUUAAUGUGUAAACAAAUUGAUACUAUUGCGUGGUCGCUGUUGCCCUUCUAGCAAACCGUAUUAUCCACAGUCCUUCAGAUUGAUCAACUCGAAGUGAUGGGAGGUCUGGGUUUACCCUGGUUGUUACGUUCCCCGUGCUCAGUAUGUACUGGUUAGGGCUGCCCUCGUGGUUGUUGGGUUCCCCAUGUCCGGCGCUGUAGCGGUAGGGAAGGGAAGUGGGACCUCGACUCGACUCGACUCGACUCGAUUUCACGUUCCCCGGCUGUCUUGCUGCAGUGUUGACCUCAACUGGAUGAGGCCUCGUAACAGAAAUCUUAUCUUCCACGCUUUGCGCCGGCUUGCCGAGGUUUCGGCUCACGGUUGGACCUACGAUCGAGUCGAGUCAGUCAGGGUGGACUAGUCUAGUUUCCACGUUUCCACCGUAAAAGGGUGAAGAGUGAACCCGAGCGAUAGUGGCAGACACAGUCACUCCGGAACGAAGGUGCGUUCUCCUCUUCUCAAACCACUUGAAGCAGAAUACAACAAGCGUGCUGGCCAGUUCGUACAUGUAGAGGCUGGGAGCCCGAGCCCAAAAAGCUCUCUAGGCCAUGGGGUUUGUCCGAAGUCCUCGGGCAACCAUCUUCUAGCUCUACUAGAGGCCCUGGCUGGCCAUCAUGAUAUCACCCGAGAUCCGAGAUGGAGGGGUCUAAUUCGAUUCUACCGGUACGAUGUACCUGGUAGCUAGCUAGCUGGGUAAUUGCUACGCCCGCCCUGACUACUCGACUGGCUAGCUAGA